AUGUCUAGUAGCCGCUUCUUUAAUCUUUGUCUGGCCUGUGGUGUCGCUCGUUCUUUGUUUUUCUAUGUUGUUGUUGUUGUUGCUGCUGGUGCUGUUGCUGGUGUUUCUGAUGGCCUUGCUUAUGGUCUUGCUUAUGGUCUUGCUUAUGGUCUUGUUUAUGGUCUUGCUGAUGGUCUUGCUGAUUGUCUUGCUGCUGCUAGUCUGGUCUCUUCUGGUGUACUAUCUGUGGUGUAUGCUCGUUCUCUGGUGUAUCUAUGGUGA